UCAUAAAGUCCGUUCAAAUGGACCCGAUCAGACAUAAAUGCCAUUGUCAUUUUUUUCCCAACAGUUUUUUAUUUUCAACGUGUCUUGACUACUGUUCUUCAGAAAACAUGGAUUUCCUCUCUCUGUCUGUCUGGAAGUAUUUCCCAUCAUUCUUCAAUGCCAACAUGACAGCACCUGGCGCUGACUCCACCUUCGUGCUGUAUAAAGGAGGUCCAAUCAGUUUCUCCCCUCAAGAAGGACUCGGGACCUGCAGCCGAGGGGAUCUCAUAUCACCUGCGAGACUCUCCCCCAACGAUGGCCUCUUCCGGCGUGGAGAUCCUGGGCCUGACGCUAGCCGUGGCGGGCUGGCUGGGCGCGAUGGUGGCGUGCGGCCUUCCCAUGUGGCGGGUGGCCGCCUACGUGGGCCAGAACGUGGUGCUGUCCCAGGUGAUCUGGGAGGGCCUAUGGAUGAACUGCUCAGUGCAGAGCACAGGCCAGAUGCACUGCAAAGUCCACGACUCCAUGCUGGGGCUCCCCCGGGAACUCCAGGCGGCCCGAGCUCUUGUGGUGGUCUCGGUGGCGCUGGGCGUGGUUGGUGUCGCCCUGGCAACGGCCGGGGCUCAGUGCACCGACUGCAGCCGGGACGUGAGGGGGAAAAGGCGUCUGGCGGCGGUCGGGGGGCUCGUCUUGACCCUGGCGGGAGUGCUAACGCUGGCGGCCGUGUCCUGGACGGCCCACGUCAUCGUGUUGGGCUUCUACGACCCGCUUCUGGAGGAGACGGGCAAGCGGGACUUCGGCAACGCGCUUUACUUUGGCUGGGCCGCCUCGUGCCUGCUCAUCCUUGGGGGGGCGCUACUCUGGUGCACCUGUAGCCCCCGGAGGGACUGGAGACCCGCUCAGGUGGACUAUUCGUCUGUUUCUCGCCGUGGGUACAAAAGGCGAGACUAUGUGUGAUCAAAGUGUUGCGAAUGUGGCCAGCAGGGGGCGCCAACAAGCAGUUGUUUGAAGGACCCUGGACCUGUUUUUGUCUUUUCUAAGCAAUGGUGGUGGGGGUCAGUAUUGGCUUUUAUAUUCUUUGGGAUGCAAGGCUAUAAAAGUUGCUCGUCAUAGAUGUCACGCAAGAAUUUAGAUUUUUAGACAAACGUUUUUAAGAAAGUAAAACAGCUGACAAUGGUAGCAAAGUUAUGAUAUCAUGUAGUCAUUAUUUAACUCUCAACUUUUUAUGUUGAUGAUU